CGUGAUUGUGAUGAUGGGUCAGACGAAAUAAACUGCUCAGAGAGAGAGUGCGGAGAAGGAUAUGUAAAGUGCUCGGACGGUGAGCAAUGUAUCGACGCUGGCUAUUUAUGUGAUGGAGGAGUAGAUUGUAAUGAUGGAUCAGACGAAACAAACUGCUCAGGCUCUGAAGAUGCUGCUGCAGGAGAUGAUGCUGCUGCAGGAGAUGAUGCUGCUGCAGGAGAUGAUGCUGCUGCAGGAGAUGAUGCUGCUGCAGGAGAUGAUGCUGCUGCAGGAGAUGAUGCUGCUGCAGGAGAUGAUGCUGCUGCAGGAGAUGAUGCUGCUGCAGGAGAUGAUGCUGCUGCAGGAGAUUAUGCUGCUGCAGGAGAUGAUGCUGCUGAUGAUGACAGUAGUGCACUUAGCAUGUCUAUCGCCGCAGUUCCUCUUCUUAUGGCCGUCCUUCGUUUAUAAGAAUCUCAACUCGAUCGAAAUCACGGAAAACAUGCGACUAGCUCUGACUGAGCAAAGAAUCUUGGGAAAUUGGUAG